CAGCGGCAAUGGCGCAAAAACGUGUGAAGAGGACGCACAGUCAGUUACGUCAGUUUCCACACGGUUUCCACAGAAGACACAAGCAGCAGCAUGUUCGACUCGAAGAUUAAGGUGCCCAAGUACGACUCGGAUGCAUUCGAUAAUGUCGAGUACGAGCUGCAGAUGAGCUACACCCUGGAGACGGAUCGUCGGAUCAUGAGCUUCUACGAUGCCAUGUGGGGCAUGGAGGUCACCGGGGGCAUCGAUCAAUUCGAGCCGCUGACCAUUGUGAAUGUCUCGCCGACGGGUCUGGCCAAGCGCGGGGGCAUGCGCAUCGGAGAUGAGAUCACACAGAUCAACGAUGUGCCGGCCCUGGAGCUGACCUUCAACGAGGCAUUGCAGCUCUUUCGCAAAUCCUCUCGUUAUGUGCGCGUCUAUGUCAGGGGCGAUGACGAUGCACCUGGUGAGGAGGAUUGGACAUGCGAUUGCUGGUUCAAGCCCCGCAAGCCCUGGAAGCGCGACUUUACGCCUAUUCAGUGGACCUUCCCGUGGAACGAUCGUCGCAAGCCCGUCUACAAGGAGUCCAAUUGCUUCAUGGUGCCCAGCAAGAUGGAGGAAAAGAUUAGGGCAAGGCGGGCUGCCACCUCAGCAGUGCACAAGAAGGAGGAUGCACCGCCGCAUACGCGCUCUCUGACGCCCACACCUCGGCCUAAAAAUCAGCCUGGUCCCAAUCUUCUAGAGAGUGUGUUGCGGCCUCGUGGACCCCCACCCAGGGAUUAGCUUGGAGAUCAAAUAGAUAUAUAGACCAAGAAUGGGAAAUAUAUAUAAAUAAGUAUAUAUAUACAUAUAUCUGGUCAGCAGGCAGCGGACUUUGUGCUGCAGUGCGUCCAGCUGCGAAGCGCUUUGACAGGCAACUGCAACAGUUGAAGUGUCACAGGAAAAGGCGUUCAGCUUAGAGAUGAGUGCGUGCCGAGGAAGGCGAUAU